AUGUCUAAUAUUAAUGCAAUGGAAAAUGAAAGCGAUCCAGUGGUUAAAGAGAUUCCAGUAUUUCUAUCAAAAACGCUUGCAGAUAAAUUAUUUAUUUUUCAAUAUCCCGUCCGUCCCACAAAGGAAGGUUAUGACAAUGCAACAUUCUUAAAAACUUCAAUAAAGCCAGAAAAUCAGGAAGUUCUCAUAGAAGUAGCAAUAGAUACACAAAGUGUUAAUUAUGACCAGAGUAAAGGUGAGCAAAUUGCAAUAAAUGCAGAUGGAGAUUCAAAGUUACUUGAACAAGAAGAUGAUGAAAAGGCAUUUGAUAGUAAUGUUAUGGACAAAACAGUAUUACAAUCCUCUCGAGCAUUGCCAAAUUGUUCUAAUUAUGGUGUUGGCAUAUUUCAAGAUGGAGAAUUACAUAUAACACCAUUGAGAGGAAUUAUUCAAAUGCGGCCACAAUUUAGUUAUCUAGAUAAAACUGAUAAACGUGUAAGAGAAGAUGCCAAAAAUAUGGGUGAAGAAUAUGAUGAAGAAGAAGAAGGUCCAAAGCAAGUUAGUGUAACUUUUGCUAGACAGAAACCUGAAUUUAUGAAAAAAAUGCAAGAGCAAUCUUUUCAACAUCAUACUAAAAAAAGUUUAGAAGAAAGGUGGAUUCAUACAAAUUAUAUUCCAGUAAAUAGCACUCAAUCAGAGCUUACACGUUUAGAAAUGUUUUGUUCUGCUACUGAAGAAACUGUAAAUACAUUAAAUGUAUCAACUGAGCAAUAUUUAGAAUUGUUAGCACCACGUAUAAAGGAAGAACAUUAUUUAAAAACAGAUGUUUCCAAUUAUAUUACAUCUCUCAAUUAUAUUAGAACUUUACCUCUUCUUGAUCAAAUUAGAAUACUUAUGAAGGAUGCUAAAGUAAUAUCCUUUACACAAUUAAGAUCAAUAUUAUCACCAGAUCAAGAAACAGCAAAUAUUUUAAAAUAUUUACAACAAGUAGCAGUUUUAGUACAAGGAAAUUGGGUUGUAAAUAGUGAACUUAUAUAUCCAAAGGAUACUGUAUCAUCACAAAAUGGCAUUCCAGCAGAAUUUAUGUGUAGAGCUAGGGAUUAUGUUUUAUUAUCAUUCACGGAACAUGAAUUCCUAGAUAGGAAAACAAUUUCUUCUGUUAUUAAAUUACCUCCUGACGAAAUUAAAGAAAUAUUCACAAAUUUAGCAGUACAUGAACCUAAAAAAGGAUGGCAUUUAAUUAUUCCAUCUACUAAGGAGUUUACUGAAAGAUAUCCUGAAAUUACACAAAGACAAGAAAUGUUUUGGGAAGCAAAACGAAAACAUAUCCGCGAAGCUAUGGAAGUUCAGAAUCAAAUUCCACAACGUCAAAGACGAAAAUCAAAUAGAGAAUCUAUUGGAUCUGAAAAUGAAGAAAGAAAUGUGGGACGCGGAAGAAAAACGUUAAGAGAUUCUUCAAUAUCUGAUAAUGAUAGUGCAACGGAACCAGUGAAACAUAAAAAAACUAUUCGAUCUCGCAAAAUAUCUGAGACCACGUGACCAAAGUUGCGUCAUUAAAAUGUAUGAUAUUACUAUACAUAUAUUGUUGAUGUAUUUAAAAUUACGAAAAAUCUGGAUCAUGUUAUUACAAGAUACUUGUUUUGAAACAUUACAAAAUUGUAUAAUACUUAAUUAAUAUUCUUAAAUUAUUUAGAAAAUAUAUUCUAGUCUUCAUUAAUUAACAUAGCAAACGACAAUACAGAUUCCAAAAAAUAUUUAUAGAAAAAUUUUAUACUUUACCUUACUUAUUUAUUUAAUUAGUAAGUGUAUCUUUGGUUUCUGUAUGUCGUAUAUAAUGUAAAUUUCAGUUCUAUUUAAACAAUAUUGUUUAUUGAAAGAUGUACAAAAAUAUGAUAAAUAAUUUCUUCAAUUAUGUAUGAUGAACAUAAAAAAUUAAUUAAGAAAUGUUACACUGUCGACAGUGAAUGAAUACCGGAUUACUAUUACAAAAUUAUAAAAAACAUUCGUUUAUUAUUUCCAAUAGUUCCGGCACAUCGUUGAUCGAUGAGGCACUAAAAGCAUUGACUGAGAAAUGACUGAUGUUUUUUACUUUAGUAAAAAUAUUUUUACCAAUAAAAAGAGUAUAAUGUGAAAUCAUGAUUAAUAUUGCAUAGAAAUAUAUGUAUAAAAUAUCAAAAUUUGACAAAAUCUA